AUGGCGGGUUUUCCCAGCUUCCUUCCUGCUGGCUUUCCCCCCACUCUUCUCCUUCUCCAGGUGUCCAUGUGGUGCUCCCCAGUGUCUGGGUUUUCCGUGAAGGGACCAGCUCAGCCCAUCAUGGUCCUGCUAGGAGCAGAUGCCAGUCUGCCCUGCCAGCUGUCUCCUGAGCAGAGUGCAGCCCACAUGCAGAUCCGGUGGUACCGAGCCAAGCUCUCUUCCACAGUGCUUGUGUACCAGAACGGACAGGAACAAGGAGGGGAGCAAAUGCUGGAGUACCGGGGCAGGACAGAGUUGGUGGGCGACUCCAUUGGCAAAGGCGCUGUGGCCCUGCUGAUCCAACACAUCCGUGCCUCUGAUGAUGGCCAAUAUCGGUGUCAUUUUAAGGAUGGUCACAUCUCCCAAGAAGCCAUUGUGGAGCUGCGUGUGAUAGGCUUGGGCUCUGCCCCUCACGUGUACAUGAUGGGUCCUGAGGAUCGCGGGAUCCGAGUUCUGUGCUCCUCAGGUGGCUGGUUCCCAAAACCCAGGGUGCAGUGGAGAGACAUGGUGGGAGUGAAGCUACCAUCCCGCUCUGAGUCUCAGACCCAAGACGGAGAUGGGCUGUUCCAUGUGGAGGCAUCGCUUGUGGUCACGGACAGCUCUCUGGACAAUGUGACCUGCUCCAUCCAGAACCCCUUCUCUGGCCAGGAGAAAGUGUCAGCCAUCUUCCUCCCAGAGCCCUUCUUCCCCAGGACGUCUCCGUGGAAGACAGCCCUGGCUGGGACACUGCCUUUGCUGGUGCUUCUCCUCGUCGGGAUCAGCUACACUGGCUGGAGAGAACAUAAAGCCAAAGAGAGAGAAGUAAAGAAAAGGCAGGAAGAAUCACAUGAAACAAAGAAGAUGAAGAGAGAAAAGAAAGCGGCACUUAGAGUCAAAAUGAACCUCAAGGCAGAGCUUGAAAGGCGAAAGGCAUUAUACAAUGAAGAUUGGAAGAAGGCCUUGCUAUAUCCUGACUGGAGGAAAGAACAUUUCCAACCUGCUCUUGUGACUCUAAAUCAUGAAAGCUUUCAUCAGAACAAUUCUGACCCAGAGAGAGAAGAGGACGUCAGAGAGGAAACACGGGUAUUAUUAUGUAAUAAGCAAGGAGACUGCAACCUUAUCAAACUUGAUCAGAAAGAAUUCACUUCAGGGAGACAUUACUGGGAGGUGGACAUUGAGGACACUGAUGAAUGGACUCUAGGCAUUUAUGAGAAGCCCACGGAGAGCAGUGGGUUACUCAGCCAUCUACCACAGAGGAAGUUCAGCGUCUUAGAGAAGAAGGGACGUGAAUACAGGGCUCUCACCUGUUCUCCCCAAAACAUUUUCCUGGAAGAGCCUCUCCUGAUAGAAAAGUGUCCACGAAAGAUUGUGAUUUUCUUGGAUUAUGAGGAUAGUGACAUUUCUUUCUAUAACAUGACUGAUGGAACCCACAUCUUCUCUUUCACUCAGGCCAAAUUCGCUGGGUCACUCUAUCCUUACUUCAAACUUAAAUCCAUGGAGCUCUCCCCAUCUGUACAAUAUUAA